AGUUCGAGUGGAAAAGAUACGUUUGCUUUUUGAAUUUUGAAGCUGAUAACAUUAUUGUCAUGUAAAUGGUAUUAUUAUAACCACCAGCCUAUCUCUACCUGUACAAGUCGUGAGCACUGAGUCCGUCAUCUAUCUUCUUCGGUGUGUAACGAAAUUACCAAACGAGCCAAGGGUGUGAGUGCAAUUUAGCUCCCUCGCGGCAAGGUUUACCGACGAAGAUAAUGUCCGCAACACGAGUGGCUGUGGUAACUGGAAGCAACAAAGGUAUUGGCUUGUCCAUUGUGAAAGCUCUCUGCUCACAGUUCCAAGGCGAUGUGAUUCUGACAUCGCGUGAUGAAAAAAACGGAAAGACUGCGUGCAGCACGUUGAACGAGCUGGGACUCUCACCUAAAUUUCACCAACUGGAUAUCACAGACAAGGAGAGUGUAAAGCGUUUAGCUGAACAUUUGAAGACCCAGUAUGGCGGCUUGGACUUGCUGGUCAACAAUGCUGGCCUAGCAUAUAAGGUGGCAUCAACUGCUCCUCCUGAGGAAAAGGCACGCGUCACGGUUGGAGUGAAUUUCUUCGGCACACUAGAUGUGUGUCACCAGCUAUUUCCUCUUCUCCGGCCAAGCGGUCGUGUGGUACACGUAGCGUCGCAGUCUGGUCUCCUAAGGCGAAUAAAGAAUGUAGAACUGGAGUCAAAGCUGAGUUCGGCAACUCUAGCAGAAGAUGAACUUGUGCAGCUUGCACAUUCGUAUAUCAAGGAGGUCGUGGAGGCUGGAGAAGGAGGCAAGCCCAAGAACUGGCCCCACGAUUCAGCCUAUUCUGUAUCCAAGGCUCUGAUGAUAGCUCUAGCGAAAGUGCAGGCACGUGAUCUGGCGAGUCAGCGUCCAGGCGACAAGAUCUGCAUCAAUGCUUGCUGCCCUGGCUAUGUCUGUACAGACAUGACUUCGCACAAGGGUCCUUUGACUCCGGACCAGGGUGCAGAAACCCCUGUUAUGUUGUCCCUCCUCCCAGAUGCCAGUCCAACUGGUGAUUUUUACUACCUGAAGAAAGUAAUUGAGUGGUAAGACUAUGGUGAUGGUGACAAGCGUGUGUUUAGUCUCCACUGAUCCACUUGCUACAGGCGUGCGCUUGCGUGUGUAUGCAUGUGUGUGUGUGUACAUGUGUGUGUGUACAUGUGUGUGUGUGCGUGCGUGCAUGUGUGUGUGCGUGCGUAUGUGUGUGUUUAUCAAGUUCUUCGGGGAGACCCACGUGACCAGUUUAUGCCAGUGAGCAAGUAGACUACAAGUGUGUUUGUGUGUGUGUGUGCAUGGUGUGGGAGUUUUUAGUCGAAUUGCAUUGACAUUUGACUGUUAGAUCACCAAUGGUGUUUUCGCCCUAUUGUUUUCACUUUGAUUGCUUUCUUUUAUCAUACCCACAGUAAAAACUGGUUUUAGUGACCACCUGA